AUGGGUUUAACAUGGUCGCUCUUCUUCCCACCCCAGCCGACCUUGACGGCGGCCAAUCUGCCUAGUCAAGAGGGAAAAGUCUUUAUUGUUACCGGUGGCUAUUCGGGCAUCGGUUUCGAAUUAUGCAGCAUCCUUUAUCAAGCCGGUGGUAAGGUCUAUUUGGCCGGACGCUCUGAAGAAAAAGCGCAGGCUGCAAUCGAAAAAAUCAAAGCCCUGCUGCCAUCAAAAAACAAUUCGCCGGUGGCCUCCUCCAAGCCUGGUGAACUUGUCUUUCUAUCGGUUUCACUUGACGAUCUACAGACCAUAAAACCAGCCGCUGAUAAGUUCCUCGCGAAUGAGACCAGACUCGAUGUACUCUUCAACAAUGCUGGCAUCUCGAAUCCACCACGAGGGUCGGUUUCGUCUCAGGGCCAUGAACUUCAGUUUGCAACAAACUGCCUAGGUCCACAUCUCCUAACGCAACUUCUCUUACCGGUCUUAUUAAGGACGGCUAAAUCUUCGCCCUCCUCAAACGUACGCGUUAUAUGGUCAGGCUCGAUUGUCGUGGAUCUCUCGACACCCGAGGGUGGCCCAUCAGUUGCCGACUUCGAACAUCCCUCUGCUGACCAGCAAGUGAACUACACCAACAGCAAGGUUGGAAAUUGGUAUUUGGCAAACUCACUAGCAGCCCAGGUUGGCGAGCAUGGUAUCCUCAGCCUCGCGCAGAAUCCGGGCAAUCUGAAAACCGCUUUAACGCGACAUGUGCCAGCUAUUAUACCCAUCCUUGUAGCACCGAUACUAUAUUCUGCGAAAUUUGGAGCUUAUACUACACUCUGGUCAGCCUUCUCUACAGAUUUAACCACUGAGGAUGGAGGGAAGUAUAUCCUUCCGUGGGGCCGACUCCAUCCUAGUCCACGAAAGGAUUUGCUAGCAGCUCUACAAAGCGAAGAGGAUGGGGGGACGGGAAGCGCAUUCAAGUUUGUUGAUUUUUGUGAUAGGAAUAUUUUGGAGUUUAAGUAA